UGUGUGAGUCGGGGCUGGGCUGGGAAACAGUAGCUGUUGGAAAAAAACAUGUAACGGUGCAAGGUACGCUGCACCUUCUCACGACAUUCCUUACUGAGACCCAGUUCAUCUAACGAGACAAAUCAUCCAGCUCCUGUCUAUCAUAUUGUGACCGUGUCAGGUGGUGGGGAAGGCCUAAUCCCUCAUCUUCAAUAGGCCCCCCCCAGCCAUGGACAAACAAGGAGCCAUGAGUACAUCAGGCAAAGCCAGUGGGCUAAAACCCCCCAGUAAAAUAGUCCGUCCCUCCGGCGUUCCAUCACGGACAUCACCGUCAUCUGGUAUCUCGAAGCCAGUUCCUCCUGAAAAGUCCCCUGGCAGUGUGACCUCACCAGUCCAAGAUGGAAACACAGACUUUAAAAUUGGAGAGAGAGUCUGGGUCAACGGCAACAAGCCUGGCUAUGUGCACUUUGUUGGAGGGACGCAGUUUGCUCCUGGCCAGUGGGCGGGCAUUGUGCUGGACGAGUCGAUCGGGAAAAACGAUGGCUCUGUGGCAGGGGUCCGGUACUUCCAGUGUGAGGACGGACGGGGGAUAUUCACGCGGCCUUCAAAGCUGUCCAGAACAGCACUGCCAGAGAAGGAGACGAAUGGAGGCCGGGCCAGUCCAGCACAAGGAGUCUCCGCAACAAGCGAGGCAGCACCUGCUGGCACUACUUCAUCUACUCCAAGCACCGGCAUUAAGACAGGCGGAGCACUUAACCGGAUCCUGACAUCCAGUGAGUCAGUGUCCAACCUCUCCGACCCAGAUUCCACGAAGAAGAACAGAAGGGAGCUAAGGCUGGGAGACCGAGUGCUGGUUGGUGGCACCAAGGCAGGAGUGGUGAGGUUUCUUGGAGAGACAGACUUUGCUAAGGGAGACUGGUGUGGAGUCGAACUAGAUGAACCUCUAGGCAAGAAUGACGGCGCUGUAGCUGGAACCAGGUACUUCCAGUGCAUGCCCAGGUAUGGCCUGUUUGCUCCAGUUCACAAGGUGACCCGAAUUGGCUUCCCCUGUACCACCCCUACCAAGGCAAAGAGCUCACGGAGGAGGUCCAUUCUCAAAAGAAGCCCCAGCGCUUCCUCCAUCAGCUCCAUCAGCUCCGCCACCUCCUCAAUCAGUGGGAAACCCAGCCGAGCAGGACUGCUGACAGAAACGUCAGCUCGGUACGCUCGUAAGAUUUCAGGCACCACAGCCCUGCAGGAGGCUCUGAAGGAGAAGCAGCAGCACAUCGAGCAGCUGCUGGCAGAGAGGGACCUGGAGAGGUGCGAGGUGGCAAAAGCAACCAGCCAUGCAGGAGAGGUGCAGCAGGAGCUGACUCUGCUGAGGAAAUGCCGGGAUCAGUACGCAGUGGAGAUGGAGGCCAAGAUGGAUCAGCUGCGGUCGAUGGUAGAAGCAGCAGAUAGAGACAAAGUGGAGCUGCUCAACCAGCUGGAGGAGGAGAAGAGGAAAGUGGAGGACCUACAGUUUCGAGUAGAAGAGGCAUGCAUCACCAAGGGAGACCUCGAGACGCAGACCAGGCUGGAGCAUGCCCACAUAAAGGAGCUUGAGCAGAGCCUGCUCUUUGAAAAGACCAAAGCUGAAAAACUCCAGAGGGAUUUAGAGGACACUAGGGUGGCCACAGUUUCUGAGCGCUCCAGGAUAAUGGAGCUAGAGAGGGAGGUGGCAGAUCUCCAGCUCAGGCUCCGGGCGUCCCAGCAGAAGGAGGAUGCUGUGUCUCUGUCACAGCAACAAAUCAGCAGCCUCAAGGCACAGGUUCAGUCUCAGGAGAAGAAGAUCAGUGAGCUGAGUGUUGACCUGGAGAGCAAACAGAAAGAGCUUCAGUCUGUACAGCAGGAUAAGAUGUCUUUGGAACAACAGCUAACCAGUCUGAGAGAAAAGCUUGAGACAGCUGAGGAGGAGAACAAGAAGGCAGCAAAGACAAUGCAAGGAUUGGAGCAGAUUGUGGAGUGUUCAACGAAAGACUACCAGACCCUGAAGGAGGAGAAUCAGUCCAGGGAGAAAGAGCUGAGAGCCCAGCUGACACAGGCCACUGAAAAGUCAGAGAGGUUGGCCUUUUCGCUGGAGCAGUUGACCCUUGACAAUAGGACACUGGAGACACAGCUUGAUGCUUUGAAACAGCAGAACUCCAAAUAUCAGGAAGAGCUCAGUCUGUCAAAAGAGCGGAGCAGCUCAGAAAACCAGCGCAUUGGCGUCCUCUGCAAGGAAAUUGAGGAGCUGAAGCUGGCAUCCCACAAGUCUCAGCAUCCUGAUGAGCACAACGAGGAUCGCAGCAGUCAGCAGCCAGACAUGAAGACCAGAGAAAUUGUCUCAAAUGUGGAAUCAGAGGGGGACACAAACUUCCAGAAAUCCACUGGAGCCUUAAUCUCAGACAAAGACCGGGAAUUAGAAACUCUGAGGAAAGAGAUUGCGGUGCUGCGAGGAGAAAACGCCAUGGCCAAGACCCUGCAGUCGGCCGUGGAAACGCUAGAGAGAGACAAAGCUCAGCUGCAGAGCCGCGUUCACAGUCUAGAGCAAAGGCUUAUGGGAGCACAAGCCUCGGAGGAAGGAGACAAGGAACUCCCACCCUCUGGUGAUGCAGCUCUGGAGCAGCUGAGGGAAGAGAAGGAGUUUGCAGAGGGACAGAUCAACUUCCUGAAUAGUGUGAUUGUGGACCUGCAGCGGAAGAACGAGGAGCUGAAGAUCAAAUUGAAGAAGCUUGCUUUGUCUGAGUUCAAUGGUAACGACGGGACUGAUGGGUUUGAUGAAGGCAUAUCAAAGCGAGAGAAAAAGGCGACCCCGCGUCUCUUCUGUGACAUCUGUGACUGCUUUGACCUCCACGACACAGAGGACUGCCCCACUCAGGCUCAGAGCCCCGACUCUGUACCUCACACCACCUACCAUGGCAACCCUGCCGUUGAAAGGCCCUACUGUGAUAUCUGCGAGGCCUUCGGACAUGCCACAGAGACCUGCAAUGAUGAUCAGACCUUCUAGAGGCUCCAGGUGUUUUAUUCUCCUUCCCCUUCCUUUUGCUUCCUCCCCAUAAAAACUUCAGUUACCACCAUUUCCUCUCCUGCUCUUUUUUCCCACAGUCCAACCCAACAUGUCUGAAUAUAGCCGCUGCAAAUUUUUCCAUAAUGUAUUUUUAUACCGUAUUUAUGCAUAUCACAAGUAGCCACUGUCCUGGUCUGAAUCCUUUACUCUGCAGCUCCAUUCUGUGUCAUGAAGAAUGCUCGUCCAAAUACUGUAUGCUGCUUUGGUGCAAUAUUGAUGUUAAUAACAAAAUGAAUCCGUCCUUGUCAUUUUUAAUGUUUGUUUUGCAUUUCAGUUUCUCUAAAAUAACUUAGGCUGAAUUUGUUGAUGGUCAGCAAAGGGAAGCACAGUUGAAUGAAGGGAAGAUGAAGCACCCCUCCACUCUGUUUCACAUAGCUCAGUGUGAAGCUAGAAACCAAUCACACUGAUGCUGCCAUAACUUUUUUUUUAUGUUUUAAUGCAAUAUUUUGUAAAGCCCUUUUAAUAAAAAAGGGAAAAAUAUUUUUGGGAAAAACUAAUUAUAAUAAUAAAACUGAAAAAGUUGUAAUGUUUUGGUGGACAUAUAGGUAAAACAAGAAAAAAAAAAUCCAUGCACAUCCUCACCACUAUAUGGGGCAGGUGCUGAAGAAAUGCAUAAAUACAAAAAACGAAUUAACAGCUGGCGUACUGCAGAAUGCCAGCUUUAUUUAUUUAUUGCAUAUUAAUAGUGUGUAGCAUACAUGCUCUUCAUCACACAGUGAAACAGUUCAGUGCCAUCUUAAAUCACCUGUGAUUAUACCGCCAUCAGGUUACUUUGCCAUCAGCAAGUAUAAGCAAACUUUUAACGGGGCUCUCUUCAUAAUUAGAUGCAAUAAAUAUAAUUAAUAUUAAAUGGCCCAAAGCUCAAAGCACAACAACACAUGAAUCCUUGAAGAAAACACAGAGAUUUCAAAAUGAUCUAACAUGGUAAUGCAAGGAAUUGUGAAAAAGUAAGAAUGUCCAUUUCUGAAGUGUGUAUGAGCUGGAUUCAUUUUUUUUUUUCAAUAUUAAAUCUUUGCCGUUAAGUUGCAUAUCAGUGAAAUCCACAUUCCUACUUUGACAAGGAAAAGCAGACAAAUUUUACUCAACACUUUGUUUCAAGUGCAUAUAUUAAAAUAGACAUUUGGAAUAUUAUUACUAAAUUCUUAUAAUGGUAAUUAUCAUAGUUAGUAUUCUAAAAAUACUGCAUCACUGUAAAAAUUUAUUUGUUUGCUCUCAGAAUAUUACAACUUUUUCAAUAAAUCAUUUGACUUUAUUAUUUAAAAUGUUAAACAGACAUUUUUAAUGAGGGGAUUUCUUUUUUCUUAAAUAAUUUAUUUUCAUAAUAUUGCGUGUAUUUUCAAAAUCUUAUGGUACGUUGUUUUCUUAGACUGUUUCAUUUACUUUAGCAAAUUAAUAUUAUAUUAUAAUAGUAAGAUAUUUUUUCUUAACUUUAUUCUCAUAUUCUCACACGACCCCUUAUUCUCAAAACAUGAUCACUUUUAUCAUAAAAUAUUAUGAUAAAAGUGAUCAUAAAAUAAUAUUAUUUCUUGUAAUAUUUCAUAUUUUUUCUUAAAUUUGUCACAGAUUUUCAAUUAAAAUUGUUCAGUUUAAUAUUUAAAAUAAUUUUGACUUCAUUUGUUUAAACAAGUUCUAGUAAUAACCUAAAUGCUGAAAAUGUAAAUAUUUUCUGAUAUGGAUAUAGUUCAAUCUUGACCUUGGAAAUGGUACUUUCCAAAAAAUAAUAAUUUCAGGCCCUUUUUUCAAAGCAUGGGUUUACCUUCACACGUACUUUUUUCAGUAUAAAGUUUCAUUGCUUAACUAAAUAACACAAUUCUGUCUGUUUAGUAACUGCUGAGCUUUUCAUUAUAAUCUCACAUUGUUCUUAUUUCUAAGAGAUUUUUAAGGACCAUUUCCUGAGAUGCCUAAAAGUUUACAAUUUAAAAGUUGCCUGCAAUAUUGUGACGAAUGGGGAACUUAAUCAAAAGCUACUAAACAGAUCUCAUGGUUAGGUUUCAACAGCUUUUUCCAACAUCAGGAAUAAACCCAUUUUCCUGUUUAGUCUCCCACAGGUUGAUAUGUUUCAAACGAUGCAGUAGAAAGUUACUGAAGGUUAGUAAUGAAGUUGCAUUUUGUUAUUUAUUGUAUGAUCUUUUAUUAGCCAGUGACACCCUUAAGGGAAAAUAAGCUAGCACUGAUUGAAGGUGUAUAGUCAGUACUAGGACUACUGUAGUAUAGGUGGGCUUUUGAAAUGCAUCUGCCUAAUGUUACAGGAAACUGCCCAAAUGAAACUCCAGAAGCCUCUACUAACUUUGACAGCUUUGCACUAUCCACUUUAAAGAUUCAGUAAAUGUACGUCUUCUUCUCAAAGUAUUUAAAAGCUAUUUUUUCAAGGAGGACGGUGCUGAUCAUUGAGCACUAACUUUCAUGCCGACCUCUUUAAAGGUACUUUUUGCAAUCUCCUUCUCUGGCAUUUAAGGAAAACUUGGUUAAAUGUAGGUUACACUGGGUACCCCUACAAAUAGCAUUUUUAAGCAGAGGACCAGGGGUUUGAGUCUGCUUUCCUGUCUAUUCUCUAUACUGUACUAAUAGGCUGAAAAUGCCCAAAAUAGAGUUGUACGUUACACUGACUUGCUACACCACCUUGUUGUGGAAGUUGGUAUUACACAUAGUGUAGUCCAGCCCUGCUUAAACUUUAGUUCUCUCUUUUUCUCUAUUUCGUGAAGAAUGAUUUCAAAAAAGGAAUUUGCAACAAGUACCUUUAAAGCAAAAGUUUGACAUUUUAGUAAUUCUGCUUUUUCGCUUCGAGAGUUUAAUGACACUGACUACUAAAGUCUAUUCCAGUUGUAUUGUGACUGUUAAAAGUCACAAUACAACUGGACUUUACUUUGUCAAAUUAACAUACAUCAUUAUUUAAAGUUACCUUAUGAAAGCCACCUUAUUAUACACUAAAAACAUUUACUGUGAACAUAGUUACCACAGAGCUUGUGUAACUCCUGUAUAACCUGGUUUCUUACAAAAUAAUGAUAGCCUCAAAAUACAUCAUUAAAGCACACGUUGGCACAUAUAUAGAAAUUAAAGGUAAUCCUAAUAUCUGGUGGAUUUUGUAAUUAUAAGCACAAUAAACAAAGAAACAGCAGUGAUAUGGUAGGUACUGAAUGGAUUUCAAUGGAUUUCUAAAGUGCGGUCAGCUUAAAGCUACACCAGGUUAGCUUAGCACAUAUUGAAGAAAUAUUGGGAAGCAUUAUAAAUCAUGUGUUGAACAUAAAACAAAUUGCCUUUUUUUUUCUUUUCUUUUUUCUUUUUUACAUUUUUGUACUAUUUAAAGCAACAUGAUCAUAACUGUUUGUGAGCUUUAGAGGUGCUACUACAAGAAUGCUAGCUGGCAGAAAGCGACUAAGUGAAUUACCUAAAUUGCCAAACUAUUUCUUUAAAUUAACCCUGUAUAGCAGUUUUUAUUUGAUAUAUCUUAUACUAAAGCACAAUUUUGGAUCAUAUUGAAUCUUCCAGUGUAACAGUGUAUAAUACAUGACUAACCACUGACCCUAGUUUUUGUAAAUACUAAUCAGAAGUUUCCUUCUGCUAAAUGUGUACACAGUGCCAUGGAACAAAAAGAUAGCUUUUAUGUGUACAUCUUAUUUUUUUUGUCCUGUUGACAAGGCUGACAUUCUAUAAGGAGGUUUUCACUCAAGGGGAAAAUUAUUUGUAUAGACUUUAAAACAUUGUUAUAAGUGAUGAGUCUAAUUAUUAGUGUAAUGUUUUAUAUGUAACAAUUUCAGGCACCAUCUAUAAAUGGUUUCAAACCGUUUUACAGAUGUUAAUGUGGUGGAAAAUGUCACUGUUUUCUAUGUGCUGUAUACUCCUGAACAGAACAAUACAAAUGCUAAGAAAA